AUGUCAGAAGCAAACUCACUUGGUAGAGAAGGUUCUGUCAGUUUAAUACACUUGGAUUUACCACGUACAUUUCCAAUGUUAUCCAUUUUUCAAGAUGAAGGUCCACUUCACCAAUCAUUGGCAAAUGUACUAAAGGAAUAUGUUUGCUAUUAA